AUGCAAAAUUUCAAACAAGAAAAAAUUGAUGCGAAUAAUCAUGUUUCAUCAUCAUCACCCUCAUUAUCACCCUCAUUAUCACCCUCAUCCCGUCAUGACAAGCUUCAAUCUGUUACCAGCAGCAGUGGUAGUAAACCCUCGCAUUUUGAAAUUUAUUCAACGAUAGUAUUGGAAUAUAAAGAUCAUUGUUCCAUAAGGAAUCAAACAUGUUUCGGAAGAUCCAAUCCUCCAUACAUGGGAGAAGCAACUAAUAUUCAUUUAUUUCCAUCAUCAUCAUCAUGUACUCAACUCUCCCAUGUAUCCAACAUUGAAUCUCAAAUUUGUAAAUCCUCUCAAAGAAUUAAGGCAAUCUCUCAUGGAGAAUAUCAUUCGUUUUAUAUCUAUGAAAAUGGUCAAGCCUAUGGAAUUGGUGAUAAUUCCAAAUAUCAAUUAAGUAUUCGUCCAUUCACUUUAUCCAAUGUCAAUCAUUUGAGACGAGUUCAAUUGCCAAACUAUUAUCAAGGUCAUGGACCCAAUGCACAAAAUAAUUGUUGUAACCACCAGAAUCAGCACCAACACCAACACCAGCACCACCACUCCACUCAACCACUGAUUCAAAGGAUAUCCUCCAAAUAUGAUCAUACUCUAUUCCUCACUUUGGAUGGAAAGUUGUAUUCAUGUGGUUGUAAUAAUCAACAUGGUCAAUUAGGUAAUGGAACGUUCAUGUCCUCUCAUGUUCCUUAUCCUAUCAUGUUGGAUAAGAGAUGUAACAAUAUAUAUACUACUAAUACUACUACUACUUUUAUUGGCCAUAGAGAUACCACUAAUAAUGGUGUUACCUUUCAAGUGACUCUUAUUGCGACAGGAAAAGAACAUUCGUUAUGGGUGGCUGAGAGUUCAACACAAAGUAUCUUGUAUGGAUGUGGAUCGAAUCGAUUUUCACAACUUUCCAAAAAGAGUUGUGGUGGUUUCCUUCAUUCGACAUUGACUAGUACUACCCAACCAAUAGAAAUCAUGACACUCACUCAUGAUACUUUUCCCUCAAUGAAUUCACACACAAUGCACACCAACAACACAAUUCCCUCCUCAAAAAUUAAGAAAAUAGAUUGUGGUCAUUUUCACAAUGCUGUGCUAUGUCAAAAUGGUGACUUGUACAUGUUUGGAAGGAAUGACAAGUGUCAAUGCUUCCUUUCCAAUGAUCAUGUUGAAAGAAGAAUGCAUUCUGUUGUUGUGUCGCCAAUGGCAUCCUCCCAUCCUACCUGUACACAUAGAUCUAUUUCAACAAAUCAAGUCAUUUCAGAACCUCGAGUAGUACUUUCACAAAUUGAGGAUGUGAGUUGUGGAGAAGACUUCACAGCUGCACUCUCUCAUUCAUACUUGUACAUGACCAAGAAUUCAAGUUCAAAAUUUAUGACCAUUGUACCAUUAACAAGUCUCUACAAGUUGCAUGAUCAAGUGGUAUGUGGAUUAGGAACACUUUCACAUCAUAGAACAGUCCUAUUAUUGAAGAGAAUUGAAGAGAGUCUUGUUCACAAAGAAUUACAUGUCAAGAUAUUAAAUGAAGAAGGUCAAUGGAUUCAAUCAUGGAAAUAUGAAGGUGGAAAUAGAAUGACAAUGAGCGAUCAUUCAAUGAUGAAUUUAGAACCAUAUAGAGAUUCUGUAUUGAAAAAGAGAAAGGUAAAUUAUGAAGAAUUGAAGGAUGAUUUUAACAGGGAACUUGUUUUUCAACCCAAACACGACCUUCAUUGUCAAUGUGGUGCAUGUUUUACUACCAAGGUCAUGUUGAGUUGCGGAAAAGACUCAAUGACGAUCCUCAUUGAACAAUAUUGUCAUUAUAUUUACAGGGCGUACUGUAACCAUCAACUAUGUGACAUUUCCUUUCAAACUUGUACUUGA